GUGACGAUAACAGUGCGGAAGUACAAACACACGCCAGCCACGAAAGCAUCGGCGUCGUGAGGAGAUUGCCGUUUCGCCAAUGGGUGAAAAAGAGUGAACCCAAGGACUCGGGAGUGACGGCCAACUUUUCGCUGUUUUUUGCAUACCGGUGUGUGUGCGUGACUGUGACACUGACACCGUGCCAUUCCCGCGAGCCAAUAUGUGUAUCGCCAGCUGACCACCUGCGUUGAUCGUUGCUGGCCCACGUUACCCCGCGCAACGCCUCCGUGCUGACGUUCUCGCUUUCACGCGCGCGUGCUUUCGGACAGUCGACGACAUGAAGCGAAACUCGGUGACCGUGGUCAAGUACCUCCUGUUUGCGGUGGUCAUUCUCGUUGCCGGUCCGCUGACCUUCAAGUUCAUGUUCCACGAUGGCGACAACUCGCUCGGUGGCGGCGGGAAACUGCCAAGAGAGGGCGCCGCGAAAAGACACCUAGACGACGAUUUUGAGCAGCACGAAGAUGGUCGGCAUGACGACAGGUCGAAGAUGGCCGCUGAGAUGGACAGAGCACCGCUGCGGACCUACCAGAGGCCCUACGAAGAUGGCAAGAUUGAAAUGAAAAAAAUUGACUGGCAUGACUACUAUCAGAUAGAGCAGGACAGGAAACGUACAGGUCCCGGUGAGCAUGGCACUGCUGUCAUACUGUCCCCGGCCGAGGAAGGCAUGAAGCAGGAACUCUACAAAGUCAACGGCUUCAACGCCCUGGUUAGCGACAAGAUCUCACUGAAUAGGACACUUUCAGACAUCCGACAUCCCGGGUGCAAGACUAAGAAAUACUCAGAUAAGCUUCCGCAGGUCAGCAUAGUGAUUCCGUUCCACAACGAGCACUUCUCGACGCUCGUGCGCACCGUAUGGUCUGUCAUCAAGAACUCUCCUCCACAACUCAUCAAGGAGGUGAUCCUGGUGGACGAUGACAGCAGUAAAGGUUUCCUCAAGGCCAAGCUGGACGAAUACGUGAAGAAGAAUCUUCCCAAGACGAAGGUCGUGCGGGCGGGCAAGCGCGAGGGUCUCAUCCGCGCGCGUCUGGUCGGAGCCCGCGUUGCCACGGGAGACGUGCUCAUCUUCCUCGACUCGCAUUGCGAAGCCAACGUCAACUGGUUGCCGCCGCUGUUAGAGCCGAUAGCGAUCAACAGGAAAACGGUGGCUUGCCCCUUCAUCGACGUCAUCGACUAUGAGAACUUUGCUUACCGCGCGCAGGACGAGGGCGCUAGGGGAGCCUUCGACUGGGAGCUCUACUACAAGCGCCUGCCGCUGCUGCCAGACGAUCUCAAGAACAUGCCCGACCCGUUCAAGAGCCCAGUGAUGGCAGGUGGUCUGUUUGCGAUGGACAGGGAGUAUUUUUGGGAGCUGGGGGGCUACGAUCCUGGGCUGGACGUGUGGGGAGGCGAGCAGUACGAACUCUCAUUCAAGGUGUGGCAAUGUGACGGGCAGAUUGUUGACAUUCCCUGCUCUAGAGUCGGCCAUAUCUAUCGUCAAUUUUCUCCCAUUCCUAACCCUCCCGAACUCGGAGAUUUUCUUGGUCGUAACUACAAGCGCGUCGCUGAGACGUGGAUGGACGAGUAUAAGGAGUUUAUCUAUAUGCGGCGUCCGCACUAUAAAAACCUUGACUCUGGCGACCUCACAGAGCAGAAGAAACUGCGAGACAAGCUAGGGUGCAAGCCGUUCAAGUGGUUCAUGGAGGAAAUCGCCUUCGAUCAGCCAAAGAAGUAUCCUCCAAGAGAACCGCCGGACUUUGCAACGGGAGAGAUCCGAAAUCCCGUGAGCAACCUUUGCAUAGAUACACAAUUCAGGGGGUCAAAUGAAAGAUUUGGAUUGGCUCCUUGUAUCAAGGAACACCAAGGACAGGGUGGGGAGCAGCAUUUCAUCUUGACGUGGCACAAAGAUCUACGGCCAUUCAAGAGAAGUGUGUGCUUUGAUGUGUCGGCCAAGCAGCCAGGCACGCCUGUGAUUCUCUUCCAUUGCCAUGGCAUGCAGGGGAACCAGCAAUGGAAGUACAACUACAGAACUAUGCAGCUGUAUCAUAUGGUGACCAAGAACUGCUUGGACUCCAACCCAGAGAUGCAGGAGCUCUACAUGAAUCCAUGUGAUACACAGCUAGCGACGCAGAAGUGGAAGUUCGACCACGUGAACGUCACCGCGUUGCAGGCGUACUGAUGACGUGGCGGCGACACGGGGAGAAUCCAGAGAACUCCUAGAGCACUGUAGAGAAACUCUGAUCAGUAGGAGACUGACGUCGAUUCUCCCCGUUCUUCUCGUCGGUCCGGCGGGCGGUCGUGUGAAGUGUGCACCUCCCAAUGAUAGCUCUUCGUGCGUUCGUUGGCACACGUGGCGAGAAGUAGCAUGAAGUGAAUGCGUACCGAGCGGCAUGUCAUGUAGUGACCGUACAUGCGCUGCGCUCACGGUGUGAGAGCGGCAUGGCAUGUAGUGACCGUACAUGCGCUGCGCUCACGGUGUGAGAGCCGGUGAAGAAACUAGACAAUCAUCGUGGCUGAGCGAAGCUCAAACUACGCCGUGGGACAAAGACCGAAUGCUGGGAGCUGUAGCAGGUUACACUGUAUAAGCUGAUAGACAGGAAGGAAAUAUGGCCUGCAACGGACAAUGCACAAUGUUGCAAUACACACAAUUUUCUUUUUGCCACGUAAUCAUUCUAACACUUGCAACAUACAAUCACAGUACAUAUCUAUUGUUCACGUUUUGUAAUUAACAUAAACUAACUGUGUAUUAUAUGUAUUCGUGUUGGGGGGGGGGGGAUUUCGACAAAAACGAAAUUGUUACUUUACAAUGGAACAAGAAAACAGUCCCAUAGUUUAAAUGCAUUUAUUUAAAAAUAUCAUUAUAUGAUUUAUAGAAUAAAGUGCCCAUUAACAUUUUGCUGUACUCUUGAUAGCAUGCACGAGCUGUACGAGUGUUAUAGCGAACCCAUUUUCCUGGGUGGCAAAGCCACGUGCGUGGUGUGUUCUGGGGACCGCCUUUGACCAUGUAAUGUAUCUACAUUUCUUUGGGAAUGGCAAUUGCCCCCCCCCCACCCACGCUAGCUACGGCCAUGGCAUGUGUGUUUAUCACAAUUAAAUAUGAUUAUGUCAACACUGGCAAUAACCCGAGAUGCUAUAUAAGGAACAUUACAUGACGUGAUGAAACGUUGGUGACUGUGGCCAUAUAUACCCUCUGUUAGGUAAGUAUCAUGGCUCUUCUGAUCUGAAUAAAUCGAUUUCACUGUUUCUACAAGUACCUGAGCCAUCGUGUUUAUAACACUUGCGUUUAGAAAAGCGCAUUUCUGGCAGUUUUUGCUCAACACACUGAGAACAUUCAUCAACUGGGUUUCCACUUUGUUGUAAAUCAUUUGUAUUUCGAGAUGUAAACUAUUCAUUUAUAUGUUUCUUCCUUCAUUAACGAAUGUACGAAUUGUAUAUUCUGUUGUAAAUGUGUCAACUAGUGCGUUGUGCCCCCGAAUCUCUCAUUAUGAUUAUCGUGUUUCAUCUUAUUGAAAUCUAUACACUGGUCACUUCUGGCAACAGUAUCUGAUUGGUGAUUGCCAGUGUCCAGUGUUUGCAGUAUCUCACGAAGGCAGGAAAUCUCUUUUGUUGCCACUCUUCAUAUUCCCUAUAUGCGUUAUUGGUGGAAAAAUACAGUUCAGGCUCCAAUAUGCAUAAUAUGCUUAGCUGUGGGAUCAAUUUACGGAGUUUUGCAUUUUAGAGGUUGUGGACGCACAGGCCCAGUGAGAAACUAACUUGUUCGCCAGUGACCUAUAAUUUUCAUUACUUGACGAAUCUAUAUUCGAGAAACGGGCAAAUAUUUAUAGCUAGUAGUUCUUGCCCUUUUUCAUGUGAAAUACCUGUUUUGGUUACAUUCCACACUUCGUAGUAAAAUUAAAAAGAUUGAAGAAGCCGAAGCAUGGUUUGUUUUUAUUUCAUUCAGUAACUAUCUAAAGGUAUUGUGUUCCCCACACUUUUCCCGAUGGUCUGUGGCUGUGGUCUUGCUGCAGCUGUAGGGCUGAUGUUUUCUCACUCGGGUAGGUCUGUUUCCAUUAUGUAGGUUGAAUAGAUAUGGAGCUUGCGUCGUGAUAUUUGUAUGUUCAGGAAGCUGUAGCGAUGUUGAGCUUCUUCCUGUAGCCAAUGCUAUAUGGGUUAGGCCUCAGAUGAAGAAAAAGGCUGUGCCCGUGGAGACAUUCCGUGAUUUCUCUGAUUAUAUAAGUUAGAGAAUAAUAAGCAUAAGAGUAAACUGGUCAUGAGGCUUAAAGGCAAUUUUGAAUAUUAGAAAGCUACCAGGUUGACGUUUGGUUAUCGUAUAUUUAUCAGGUUUGUCUCCGAGUGAAGAAAUAAUCUCACGCCUGAUAACCAGGGCAGAUCAUGUAAUCAACAAGUAACCAUCGUAGGUGUCAUUUAUACUCAUGAGUAGCCACAGGAUCUAAUAGUUGGUGUGGACCAGGCAUUCAUACUUGAAGUUGGUGUUUACAUUUUCUGGUGCUGUGUAGUGCCUUGUUGUACGUCAUAAACUUGGCAGGCUAACCCUUGCCCUUGUUUUAUACGGUGAUGUUAUUCCUAUGUGAUGUUUUAUAACAAAACAAUACUUGUACGUACAAUGAAUGUUCCCAUGUCAUUUGCAGUGCUACUUAUGACUGGAAGAAAAUCGAAUGCCAUAUUCUCAUAGAAAGGUUAUGAAUUAUGUAUUAGUUCAAAUCAAUGAAUGUGUAUCCUUGACAGUGAAAAAAAUACACGGGGGCUCGGGGCGAUUUAGCCCCCAAAAAGAGCCCCCGGAAAUUUGCAUAGAGUUCAAUGGAAACCAAAUUUUAGAGUGCUAUUUUCAUGCACGCGAGCUUGAAAAGUAUCCCCCGAAAAAUAAAUUUCCUGAUCCUGAUCCCUGAUGCAUCGUAAUAAUUAACGAUAUGCUGUAAUUAGGAUACUGCGUCGCCGUUUGGUGUACAUACCAUCAUGGUAAUGUUUUCUGGUGGAUGUAUCAAUUGUAAAUGCUAGUUUUACACUAAUAUGUAUAUUUUGAAGGCGAUUUGGAGGUUAACAUUUUUAAUAAUGUUAGUGUGGUUUCUGAAAAAAUAAAAACCCAGUUUAUUUCAAAAUA